AUGAUGAGUAGCACCAGAAAUGUUUCAUCGCUGCUUCCCAGCUAUAACAGUAAAGCACAACACGACAGUGGGUCCUCGGACUUGGAUCUGCUUGAGUCAGAACUACUGGAUAUCGCUCUACUCAAUUCUGGGUCCUCUUUGCAAGAUCCUGGAUUGUUGACCCUCGAGAAGGAGAAAAUUACAGCUCCUGCCGCCGUUGUACCGGUCAAAGAAAAAGAGCAGGAGCUAAGAGACGACGUCACAUCUCUGCAGAGUUUGCUUGAUCGGCACGUCCAAUUUGGUAGGAAGCUACCGCUGAGAACGCCAUAUGCCAAUCCGCUAGAUUUUGUCAACAUAAACCCGCCUUCUCUGCCGUUGUCGCUGGAAAUCAUUGGGUUGCCCAAGGUCUCUAGAGUGGAAACUCAGAUGAAGCUGAGUUUCCGGAUUAAAAACGCACACGCAAGAGAAAAUUUCUUUAUUCAUUUACCCUCCGAUUGCAUAGCGAAGGACAAGUUCUUCACUAGCCCGGAAAAUCCCGCCGACUCGACCAUACCCAAUAAGCACAUCAGCGAGCGGACUCUUUUCCUGGACGCCUUUCUUUUAUGUGCAUCCAACAGCAAUAGCAACAAUUUCAAGCAAACGUAUGUUUGCAAUAGAUGCGUCAACAGAGAAAAAAGAAGAGCUUCGAGAAGGAAAUCCGGAUUGAACGACAACUCCAUCUGGCAGAAUAAUGAAAACAAAAGAGCAAUUAUAUUCAAUAGCAAACAACUUUUCAUCAUUAGUAAUGACGGUUUAAGCGAUGGUUCCAGCGCUAUUGAUUUUGAUUUACCGACUAGAAUUGUCUGUUACUGCAGACACCACAAGGCCACUAAUGGGUUUGUGAUCUUGUUCCUUCUAAAGGAUCACAACGGCGACAUCUUGGCCAAGACAAUAACCGAGCCCAUUAUGAUCAUGGAUAAAAAAAACACUAGCAAUACCACUACUCCUACAAGCACUGGUAAUGCUCAGGUAUCGCCGAUGACAAAUGACACUAGGUCCUUCUCAUCCCCGCAAAGUGAGAUGAAUUUUUCAUCCGAAUUCCCCAUACCUUCCAACAACAAAAACUUCAUCAUUUCUACAAAAUGCAUGCUUGAUGAUAAUAAUAAUAAUAAUAACAAUGGCAACAACAAUACUGCAACGACCAACAACUGCAACAACAGACACUUUCCAUCCCCGAAGUCCUCCAGUGAAGACAGCAACCAUUCUUUUUCAGAUAUUCAUUUUUCAAACAACAUCGACAACAAUUUCCGCCGUUCACUGGAUUCUUGGUCUUCCGCAGGUUUUAACAACUCGUCAAAUCCCGCUCUCACAACAUUGACCAGCGAUUUCAGUACAACCUCGGCGAGAAAUACUGGCAAGAGACAGCGUUCGAUAAACGAACCCUUUGCAUCUACUCCAAACUCAUUUGCCCGUCUUCCUCAGAACUUCAUCGACUCAUCUAAACACUUAUCCAACCACAGCAGCGUUUCCUUGGCCUUCAAUAACAAACCUUCAAUUCAACGUGUCAUCCCCGCACAGGGGUCCAUUAAUGGAGGUAUCGAGGUAACUCUACUUGGCUCGAAAUUUAGACAGGGCUUAAUCAUCAAGUUCGGCGAAAAUAUAGCGCUGUCUAGCCAAUGCUGGAACGAUUCUACAAUGGUAACUUAUUUACCGCCAUCGUCGAAACCGGGACCAGUUAUGGUAACUAUUGUUGAACCAAAUGAGGCUUCCAUGAGGAACAACAGUAACAGCAGCAUUUCUAAGAGUAAUAGUGUGAGCGAUAUGCUACAUUCUAGCAAAUACACCGGCGACAAGGCCAUUUUCACUUACGUCGAUGAUACUGAUAGACAACUGAUCGAGUUGGCUCUGCAAAUCGUGGGGUUGAAAAUGAACGGUAAGCUGGAAGACGCAAGAAAUAUUGCAAAAAGAAUUGUCGGCAGUGAUUCGUCACCAUCUAGCAAUACCACGAGACCAAUUACUCAAAACACCCCUACAAAUUCGUACGCAUACAUGAUGCGGGACAUAAACGAUGAACAAUUGAUCAUUAAAGUCAUCAAAUCUUUCGAAGAAAAUAACAAUCUUUCCAUGAUUAAUCUUUCCAUGUGUGAUGUUAGAGGCAGAACUUUAUUACAUUUAGCGUCAUUCAGUAACUGCUAUAGUCUCGUCUCACUAUUAAUCAAAUAUGGAUCGCACUUAAAUGAUCAAGAUGUUUUUGGUUUUACCGCGUUACAUAUGGCAUGUAUAAAUGGGGAUUUGAGAAUUAUCAGGCUACUGUUAGAGUGCAACGUGGAUGUUAUGAAGAAAUCCAAGAACGGCUUUAUCGCCAAACAAUUUUUCUUGAUGAAUUACAGUAUUAAUAAAGCAAGAUACUCAAAUUAUGAAACUAGUCUGUUUGAUGAUGUCUUGACUAGAUUGACGAAAAAUAGCGCGGUAUGCGGUGAUAAUCAACCAUUCGACAGAGAUUCAUCCCAGUCGAGUUUCAACUCAAGUCUAUUUGAUGAUGAUAAUGAUACUCAUAAUGAUCGUUACAAAGGAAGGAGCCAUUUACCAGUCAACUCCGCUGAACCCAUUUCUCAAUUAUCCACCCGCGAUAACAAUACGUCAUUUGCAAUUAUGGACUCAGAUUCAGGUUAUGACGUAAGUGACUGCGAAUCGUCUUCAGAUGAAAUUGCCUUGGAGUUCUUCAAUGCCCAUAAAAUCAAGGACGCCUCUUUCCAGCAAAAUCAACUUCAAAAGGGAGCUGAAACUAACGUAGAACAUGACGGCUCUUUAUGGAACAGAAUGCUAAAUCGUUUAAAUGACGAACUGCCUAAGUAUGAAGAUCUAUUCCCAAGGAUAUCCAAACACGGAGAACUUGGUAUUAAAUCUGUCGAUGCUAGCUUAGAGGAUCCUACUCAAAUGACCAUUGAUGAUCCUCAAACUUCUUCAGAAGACGAUGAGUUGGAAGCUUUGCAAAUUGGAUUCAACACAAUCUUCUCCAAGAAGCAAAACUUCCAGAAUGAUAAAAUGCUGUUAUUCUUUUGGAUCCCAUUGACUUUGGUACUACUAUUAUGUUUCACAUUGUCGAAGUUGGGCAAAGAUGAUGACAUGUUCCAUAAUAUAUCUAAAAUUUUUCAGGAAUACCUAAGAAUUGGGUUAGCCAAGGUUCUGUUAGGUAACGAAAGAAUGAAGACUUCCUUAAAAAUGCAACUAUCGAACUUUCAAAACAAUAACAUUUUAAAUGACAUGCGAGUCAGUUAA